GAGAGAGAGAAAUGAUUUCUCAUACUUGGUAUUCUUCAGUAUGCUGCUGAAGAUCCACCAAUAGUCAGUCUGUGUCAAAGUUCCACGAGUAACGGCAGGAGCGGCGGCAGGAUAAUGGCGAAGCUCUUCGGGAUUUCACUGUUCAUAGUGCUGCUGGGUCUGGCGAUACUAAAGACUUCAGCGUCUGGAGGACAACAGAAGAAAAUCAGACAGAAGAGAGAAUGGAUUAUUCCACCCCGCAAACUGAGGGAAAAUUUUAAUUACACAGAUUUGGAGUACAUAGCCAAAAUCCGUUCAGACGAGGAGACCAGGACAAGUAUACAAUAUUCACUGACUGGACCAGGGGCUGACAGUCCACCCAUCAAAUUGUUCACUGUUGAUGAAGACAAAGGCUUGGUCAAGAUCCAUGGAGUGUUAGACAGAGAGAAAACUCCCAGAUAUCACCUUCGAGGGGUGGCCAAGUUUCUGAAUGGGAGUUCUGCUGAGAAGGAUAUUGACUUAAGAAUCGAGGUGGAGGAUGAGAACGAUUGUGUUCCUGUGCUUAACUUCACAACUGGAUCUGUUCCUGAGCUGAGCGCAAGAGGCACGUUUGUAACGAAAAUCACAGCAACAGAUGCAGAUGAAGAAGGAACUCUGCAUACAAAAAUUUCCUACAGCAUUGCUGAAAAGAGUCACGCUGACAUGUUCUACAUUAAUCGAGAGACUGGAGAGAUUUUCGUCAUGCACAACACGCUAGACAGAGAGAAAAAAGACACAUACACGUUGAUCAUUAAAGCAACCGAUAUGAAUGGAGCUCCAAACGGAUUUACAGGGCCAGGGACAGCUGUUAUCAAAAUACUUGACGUCAAUGACAACAUUCCUACUUUGGGGAAAAACAUUUUUGAGUGCAGGGUGGAGGAAAACAUUAAAAAUGUGGAAGUGGUAAGAAUUCAAGCGACUGAUGCUGAUCUCAUCUAUUCUGAAAACUGGCUGGCUGUCUUCACUAUCGUGUCAGGAAACGAAGCCGGUUAUUUCUCCAUAACCACAGAUAACAAGACCAAUGAAGGCGUACUAAUUCUCAAUAAGGAACUGGAUUUUGAAGAGCUGAAGGAAGUAAGGCUUCAGGUGUCUGUCUCUAACAAGGCAGAGUAUCACUCAUCAGUAAUCAUAACAGAGAGGAAAACGUACACCAUCCAAGUCAGUGUGAUCAACCAGCCCGAGGGCCCUCGCUUCAAACCUGCAGUCAAAGUCAUCACCAUAUCUGAAGAAAGCACCACUAUUGAUUUGAGAAAAGUCAUAACCAAUUACGCAGCAAUAGACAGUGACACACUAUUAAUUGCUAAUAACGUGAGGUAUGCAAAAGGAAAAGAUGUUGACAACUGGCUAAUUAUAGAUGAGAGGACAGCUGAUAUAAGACUCAAUAAAUUUCCAGAUUAUGAGUCCAAGUUUCUGAUCAAUAACACAUAUUAUGCCCACAUAAUCUGCAUCACCAAUGAAAUUCCAGCUAAAACUGCUACAGGUACCAUUGCCAUUCAAGUGAAGGACUUUAAUGACCACUGUCCUGUGCUGAUCCAUCAGUCUCAAAGACUGUGCUAUGAAGACCAUGUGGUUUAUGUCACGGCUGUGGACAAAGAUCAUUUCCCCAAUGGAGCACCCUUUGGUUUCAAUGUGGACGAAAAAAGAACAAAGGAGUCAUGGCGUGUCGAACAUCUCAACGACACUACAGCAAUAUUCAGACCAGAAACAACACUAUGGCCUGGUGUGUACCAUGUGUUUGUGGAUGUGAGUGACCAGCAGGGGAAGAUCUGCGCUGGUCAGAUGCUUCGGAUAGACGUUUGCACAUGUGACACAUCAAAAGUUUGCUUGCCAGAAAAAACAGUCUCUAGAUUUGGAGUAUCUGGUGUGUUUCUAAUGUUGCUGGGACUGCUGCUCCUUCUGUUGGUGCCUCUUCUGGUGCUGUUCUGCCUUUGUGGUGGUGCAGGAGUUGCAGCAGGUUUCAAGACCAUCCCAUUUGAUGUUAAAGAGCAUCUUAUAGUAUAUAACACUGAAGGACAGGGAGAGGACAAGGGAAUACCGCUCUUACCGGUGUCAAAAGGGCAUGAUAGCAGCAAGCUCAGUAAUGUGGACGCUCGGAAGAGGAUUGAUGUAAAAGUUGGUGCAGUGAGAGCAGAAGGCUCACAUUGGUCCUAUUUCGACCAAGAUGAUUGGCAUAAUGAUGCAAAUCAUCACCACAAGAGUCAGAUUGAUGGGUACAUGCAUGCAAAAAGAAAAGAGGAAGUUAGCAGAUUUGACACCUAUGAUGGCCUUGCACUGUCUGAUGCUUUCUUAGGCAACUACUAUUCUCAAAAAACAGGUUAUGCGGUUAGGAAGCAAGAUAUGGGAGACAGUCUGAAGGUCUAUGAAUAUGAGGGUCAGGAAUCUUGCAUGGGCUCAUUUGAGGACAUCUGCAGUCUCACGCAUGAAGACGAUAACCUUGCUUUCCUUGAUGACCUUGGCCUGAGGUUCAAGACCCUAGCUGAGA